ACCGCUUUGCUCUGCUGCAGGAAGUUGGUGGAAUAUUAACUCAGCGUCCUCUCUGUGACUAAAUUAAACAAAUAUAACCGUUUUAGCGGGUGAUGUGAAGAGACAUGAGCCCGCGGCUCGUGAAUAAAAAAAAAAACAACAGUCAAACAUUUGUCGCACGACGCCUGCGCAGUCUGAACACGGUAUCGAGCCGCCCUUCCUCCCCGCCGCCAACUUGCACCGCAGGGUCGAGCGGACGUCAACUCACAACAACCCCGACUUCGUUUGCGUGUCAAACUGAACUCAUUCUAGGCUAAAAUGGAGAGAGCAUUCUGCGCUGAAAACGAUUACGCUCUCCUGCUGCCGUCUCUGCGUCUCUUCAUACCUCCACUGCGUCUGAUGUCGGCGGCCAUGUGGCAGGUGGUUCAGAGAGGUUCCGUGCAGGACUAUGGGAUGGUGGAGGAGUUCAUCAGCACCGUCACAGACAUCCUGCCCGAACUACUGAGUGCAGACCAGAAGGCUCAGCUCCUCCUGGGACUCAGAGCUCGGGUGGUUCUUGAAUUGUGCCAGGCUGAGGAAGUAGCCGAUAAAGAAACCAUUGCGAUACACCUUGAACGCAUCAAGACCCUCGUGUCCAACUGGGCGUCGCAGCCUUGUUUUGCAGAUGUGGACUUUCCCGAAUCAAACUUUGUGGAUCAAAUUGAGUUGUUGGUGAAAGAUCCAGAAGAGAAGGAGAAGUUUUUCCAGGACGUUUUCCCGACAGAUUUUGGGCCUGAUUACGACAGUGCCCUGCAGGUGUUAAUGCUGGAUUUCCUGUCCAAACUGGAGAAGUUUCUCCCGGUACCAGACAUUCAACAGACUGCAUCCAUGCUUUGUGCUGUUCCGUCUGCCCUGGAGGAGUGCAUGCGCUCGGUUCCUGACCUGCAUCACCUGAAAAGUGUGCUCCUCUACCACAGAACCCUGGGACAUUUUGAUUUUUCUGAGGAAUCUCACACCAUUCCCAUUUCUUUUGGGAAUUGCAUCCUGUCUUCGCUGUCCCUCCCUCAGCUGGAGAAGGUUAUAAUCGAUGCGGACCAAAUACAGUUGCAGCCCUCGUCCGAGCAGGUGCAGGGUUGCGUGACUGUCCAGGUGGAGGGUGAAACUGUGACACUCCUGGAUUACAUACAGAUCGAGCAGCAGCCCGGUUUGGUUGAUCAGGAAGAGAAUGACGAGGACUCGGUGGGACACUUGACAGACGACGGCAGCGGCGACGCUUUAAAACCAGCCGCCUUUCAGCCACUGAAACAAAGCAAACGGCUGCAGUUAAAAAGGAAAGCGCUGAAAGACAAAGACUCGGAUUCGGCCAAGAGGCAGAGAAAGAAGUACCCCAGCAAUAAGACGUGUCCCGUGUGCAGUAAGACUUUCCUUCGCGCUUCCGCCAUGAGACGACAUCAGGAAAUCCAUUCAGCCAAUAGGGAUCUAAAGUACCAGUGCGCUAACUGUGACAAACGAUUCAGGGACCAUUACGACAUGAACAGACACAACCAGCGUGUUCACGAGAAGGAGGACGUGAGCAACAACUCCAAAGAAGAGGACUCGGGGGAUCCCAGCACCUCGGACAUGUCGGACAACAAAAACUGCGGUCUCUGCGGGAAAUAUUUUGCCCGCCAAGUCGACAUGGAGCGACACAUGAAAUCGCACUCAGAGGACCGACCGUACAAAUGUCCCUUCUGUGAGAAGAAGUUCAAGAAUUCAUACGUUUUAAAGAGGCACCAGAGGGAGAUUUGUAACACCAGGGGGCUGAAGAAGCCAAAAAAGAAGGAGAUGCCACAGUCAAACCCCCAGCCUCAGUUAGAGGGAUUGAUGGAGGGUAAAGUCUGUCCCAUCUGCAGCAGGGUCCUACCUUGCACCGCUGACAUUGCGAAGCAUUUACGGUCGCACUCCGAGGAGCGUCCGUUCAUCUGUGUCACUUGCGAGAAAGGCUUCAAGUACAAGGACACUCUGAAGAAGCAUCAGAUCAUUCACGGUCACGAGGGCAUCAGAGAGGAAGAGAGCAAGACGGUGGAGCAAAUUCUGGCCGAGGCGGACUCGCAGAAUUGUGAUGACGCUUGUAGCCUCAGUAGAAAAGAAAAUAAUCCAGAUCUGCCGACGGACACUUCUGUGGAGUCCCCAGAAGAACGGGUGCAACAGGUCACCAAAAAAGCCCUUAAAGUGUGCCCGAUCUGUUCGAGGGCAUUCGACAGUGUCAAAACACUGAACAGACACAUUCAGUGCCACACAGAAGAUCGUCCGUACCACUGCGUCCACUGCAAGAAGCGUUUCAAACACAUGCACGGCCUGAAGAGGCACCAAAUUUACGCCAUUUGCCACAAGAAAAUCGCCCGGUUUUAUUGGAAGAAGGAGCCCAGAGAGAGUUCCGGUCAGAGUGACGGGAUGGGCGGCGACCACAAGCAGGGGCCGCCACUGAAGAUACCUGUGUGGUGUUCAAACUGCGGCAAGCAUUUUGAGUACCUGUCCGCGCUGAAGGAGCACCAGGAAAGCGUGUGCAAAGUGGACUUCAGGGAAAUUAUGAGAUGCAAAGACUGCGGGAAGGAGUUCAAGAGCAUGACUAUGCUCAAAGUGCACCAGCGCAUUCACGAUCCGCUCUACUGCAAAGAGUGUGGGAAGAUACUCGCUAACGAGCCGGCGUUCGAGAGGCACAAGCUGAUGCACCAGCCCAUGCAGUGCACAAUGUGUGACAAGAAUUUUACGUUACUGCGACGCUUGAGGGAACACUACGAGAAGCAGCACGACUUCAUCGGCCCGUUUCCCUGCGGCCAGUGUGACAAGACUUUCAUCCAGCUGUCGUACCUCGCAAUCCACCAGAGAAUCCACAAAGGGGAGUUCCCGUACGUUUGUUCCUUGUGUCCGGAGAAGUUCAGGUCUUCAAACUGCCUCACGGUGCACCUGAGGAAGCACACCGGCGAGAAGCCCUUCCUGUGCUGGCAGUGCGGUAAGUGUUACCGCUCUGCCUCGGAGCUCACGGUUCACAUGGGCACCCAUUCCGACCAGAGACCGUGGGCCUGCACGCAGUGCGACAUGGCGUACCGCACGAAGCUGCAGCUCCAGAACCACAUUGAGCAAGUCCACAUGGGCCUGCGGUAUCCGUGCAACACCUGCGGGAAGCAGUUCAUGAAAGAGACGUCCCUGAAGAGGCACGAGCUCAUCCACACGGGCGAGAGGCCGCACCAGUGCACGGAGUGCGGCAAGACCUUCCUGACUGCCAAUGAACUCCGGCUGCACAACCGCUACCACACCGGGGAGCGCCCGUACAAGUGCGAGGUGUGCAGCAAAGCCUUCAUCCAGUCGGGAUACUUGAAGUCGCACAUGCGUAUCCACACGGGAGAGAAGCCAUUUAAAUGCGACGUGUGCAACAAAGGCUUCCGGUUGUCGUAUCACAUGAAGAAACACCAGCGGACUCACACCGGGAAGCCAAAGAGCCACGUGUGCGACGAGUGCGGGAUCGCGUUCCCCCAGAAGAAAUCGCUCUGGGAACAUUCGCUCACUCAUAACGUGAAAAUAGAACCUUCCUUCACCGAGGAAGUGAAGAUAGACUUUCAGUAGAGAGACGUUUGUUGUCUUAUUUUCUUACUUCCUUCCUUUAUUAUUUUUCCCCUUGCGUUGAUUCACAUGUUGUGUUCAAGGAAGGUUAAUUGCGCUCACACUCCUACAUGAAAUAAAUCGUUAAAUGUG